AUGAGGGACAUGAUGAAUGAGAAGGAACCUGAAAAGGUGAUUGUGGAAAGAGAUCUAGAUCUGCAGGUAGAAGCGAAAUUGCAGGUUCAAGGAGUACGCAAGGAGUGGAGAAGCAAAAGGAAAGCAAAACAGAAGUUGAGGAAGGAAUUGGUUGCCCAUCAGAGCAAGAAGAUGCCUAAAGUCCCAGCCCGAGAGGAAACACAGAAGAGAAAGAGAAGGCAUAAGAGUUCAGUGAUUGUGAAAGGGUUCAACUGUAAACUCAGAGUUAAAAAAUAUCAGAACACUAGAACAUGCUGGAAAACAUAUAAGUGCUUGGAGUGUGGAAAAACCUUCUUUCAGAAUACCAAGAUAGCUCAAUAUCAGAGGAUGCACACAGGGGAGAAGCCAUAUAAAUGCUUGGAGCAUCAAAAGUUUCACAGAGGCAAGAAGCCAUAUAAAUGCUGGGAGUGCGGACAGAGCUUCUGUGAAAUUGGUAACCUCACUAGACAUCAUAGAAAACAUACAGGAGAGAACCUAUAUAAAUGCUUGGAGUGUGGGAAGCGCUUCUCUCAAAAGGACCGCCUAACUAGCCACCAAAACGUUCACACAAGAGAGAAGCCAUAUAAAUGCUUUGAGUGUGGGAAGAGAUUCUCCUUGAAGGGCAACCUAAAUCGCCAUCAAAAGUUUCACACAGGAGAGAAGCCAUAUAAAUGCUGGGAGUGCGGAAAGAGCUUCUCUCGGAAUGAACACCUAACUAACCAUCAAAGGGUUCACACAGGGGAAAAGCCAUAUAAAUGUUUGGAAUGUGGAAUGAGCUUCACACAGAAUGGUGGCCUAAUUAAUCAUCAAAGUGUUCACACAGGUGAGAAGCCAUAUAAAUGUUUGGAGUGUGGAAUGAGCUUCACGCAGAAUGGUGACCUAAGUAACCAUCAAAGGGUUCACACAGGGGAGAAGCCAUAUAAAUGUUUGGAAUGUGAAAUGAGCUUUGCACGGAAGGGUACCCUACGUAACCAUCAAAGGGUCCACACAGGGGAGAAGCCAUAUAAAUGUUUGGAAUGUGGAAUGAGCUUCACGCAGAAUAGAGGCCUAAGUUACCAUCAAAGGGUUCACACAGGGGAGAAGCCAUAUAAAUAUUUGGAAUGUGGGAUGAGUUUUGCGCAGAAGAGUACCCUACGUAACCAUCAAAGGGUCCACACAGGGGAGAAGUCAUAUAAAUGUUUGGAAUGUGGAAUGAGCUUCACGCAGAAUACAGACCUAAGUUACCAUCAAAGGGUUCACAUGGGAGAAGCCAUAUAAAUGUUUGGAAUGU